AUGCAUGAUAAAGAUGUCGAUGGUAAUUAUCAAGAGUAUAUUGCAGAAAAAAUAUAUGACAUUAAAAAUGACGAAAAUGGUAAUUAUUUCAAUUUCCAAUGGUAUUCUAAAAAUCCCAAAUUGCAAGAAGCUAUCAAUGAAAAUUAUCUGGAGACAGAAAAUGUUUUAGAUAAGGAAAAUUAUUUAACAAUCAAAAUUAAUGCAUCUACAAUAUUUCGGUUUAUUUGUCCGGAAAGUAAAAAUUAUGAAAAAUCAGAUGUCAAAAUUAAUUUAGGCAAACAUCAAACAGAUUAUUUCAAUGAAUAUACAAAAAUAUAUGCUGUUUCAAAACGGUCAUUUAUAAAAUGUGAAUUAACUGAAUCAUCUAAAUUAAUUGGUGAAUGUAUAAAUAAUAAUAAAAAAAAACAUUUUGAUUUUAUAACAGCAAGACAUGCAACUGAAUUAUUAAGAGAUUUUUAUUUUAUAACUACAAGUACAGGAAAUAUAGAUGGAUUUCAUAAUAAAAAAGAUGGACUUUGUAAAACAAAAAAUUUACGUUUACAUUUAAGAGUUUUAAGAGAAUCAACAUUUGAUGAAAUUUCGGAGUACGAAAAGGACUAUGAAAAGCAAAAAAUAAAAUUACAAAAUUACAAUAGUAAUAUUAGACAAUCAGAAGAAUUUAAUCAUGAUAUUAUUGACUUUAGGCAGACUGAUAAGAAAGGAACAAUGUACUUAAAAAAAGAUUAUAAUACCAAUUUAUAUAAGAAAUUAGAGGAAUAUAAUAACCAUCAUAAAAAUUUAAAUGAAAAACAGUUUGAUAAAAAUGAUAAUGAAGUAGAAUCAAUUCCACCCUCGGAUGAUGAUGAUGUUAUAACAUCGGAAGAGUAUGAUUUAUUAUUUAAUGAACAAUCUGAUGUCUUAUCUGACAUUGAUAAAAAAAAUAUUCAAUUAUUUAAAGAAAAACAAUUUAAAAAAUUUGAAACUCAAAGACAAGUUGAAGAUACAAUAAAUGAUUCUAAAUUAUAUGAAAAUUUUAGAUUUCACAAAAAUAGUUAUGUUUUACCUGAUAAUAAUGAUUAUGAUUCAGAUGAAUAUUUUGGAAACAAAAAAAAUAAACAUAUUAAUCAUUCAAAAAAAGAGAAACAUUUUAUAACAAUGGAAAGAAUAUUAAAUGAUGAUAAUAUAACAAAAUACGCUCAAUUAACAUCAACUUAUGAUAGAGUUAGAUUAUUUGAUUCACCAUUUGCAUAUCUUGUUAUAAAUAAAGAAGUUAAUCGUUAUUGUUCUUACUGUUUACAACCACCAAUUUAUGGAAAAAAAUUAAUGAGAUGUGGUGCAUGUGAAUUUGCAUGCUAUUGUAAUAAAGAGUGCCAAAAAUUAGCCUGGAAAACACAUAGAGCUGAAUGUAGAAGAUUAAAAGCUGUUUUUCCUAAUUUACCUUUAACAGAAGUUUUAUUUUUAAGUAGAAUAAUUGAUAAAGUUUUAUUCCUUGAGAGACAUGGUGAUCAUUUUGGUUGGGAACGUUAUAGAAAAUUUUCUGAUAUAAUGUCACAUAAAGAAGACAUUUUAAAUGAUAAACUUAAAAUUGAACAUUUUAAAAAAUUAGUUAAAAAAAUGGAAAUAUAUCGUAAAGAAGAAAUGAUACCUGAAGACAAAUUUUUUGAUAUUUAUUGCAGAACAGCAAUUAAUUCUCAUUCAAUUCAUACAAAUGCUGGAAGUGAAGUUGGAAUUGCUUUAGAUCUUGGUGUUUCAAUUUAUGAUCAUUCAUGUCGUCCUAAUUGUUCAUUAGUAUUUGAUGGAUUCAAAGUUUAUAUUCGUCCAUUAACUCAAAGUGCUAAUCCUUAUGAUCCUAAGUCUGCUUUUAUAUCUUAUAUUGAUGUUGGAAGAUCAAGAUAUCGUCGUCAAGAAGAUUUAAAAACAAAAUGGUAUUUUGAUUGUAAAUGUGAACGUUGUAUUGAUCCAAAAGAUGACAUAUUAACAAGUUUGAAAUGUAAAAAUAUGGAUUGUGAUGAACCAAUAAUUACCCAUGAAUUAGGUGAAGUUAAAGAUAUUGAAUGCCCAAAAUGUAAAAAAAUAUGCGAUAGUGAAUAUGUAAAAAAAGGUCAGGAAUUAAUGAAAAGUUUACCAUCUUCUAUUGAUCCUACUUUAAAGGUUGAUGAAAUACAAAAAUACUUAGAUGAAGUUAAUAAUAUACUUCACAAUAAAAAUAUUUAUGUAUCACGAUUGACAACAGCUUUAUUACAUAUGAAUGGUACAUUACAAGGAAAUAUUGAUUUUGUUCAAAAGCAAGUUUAUGAAAACUAUAAAUUAUGUUUUCCAACUAUGGAUAGACAUAAUGGUUUUCAACUUUUACAUAUUGUUAAAUCUCUUAUAGAACAAGAUAAACGUAAUGAAGCAAUUCCUUAUGCUUUUGAUGCUAUGACAAUUUUUGAAGUUUGUUUUGGUAUGCAACAUCCUUAUUACCUUCAAACAUUAGCACUUUGGACAUUUUUAGAAAAAAAAAUUGAUAAAACAAAUGAAGAACUAUUUUCAUUGAUGAAUUUUGAAUCAAAUGCAGCAAUUGAUAUUUCAAAAUAUAUUGGUGAUAUAAAACUUAAUCCAAAUGACGCAAUGAAAAUGGCAUCACAAAAUCAAGAACAAAUUCAACCAUAA